AUGUGCAAUCUUGCUUUUUGUUUCUUUUCAGCAUUCAGUAUGGCCUCUCCAGCUCUACUCAUGCGUGUGGUCGCCUCUGCAUAUUCUGUUGCAGAAAAAGCUGCAGCAAUUGUUAGAAAUGUAAUGGCUGCAGGAGAUCUGGGAAUAGUGGAGAAGACAGGAGCCAAUGACUUGCAGACCAAAGCUGACCGACUGGUACAAAUGAGCAUUUGUGCUUCCCUGGCACGGAAGUUUCCUAAGGUGACAAUCAUAGGAGAAGAAGAACUGUCCACUGAUGAGGUAACUGAGGAAUUAAUUGAAGAUGGUCACUGUGAAGAAAUACUGAAGAAAACUUGUCCUGCUCAGUACACAGGAAUUAAAGAGGAAGAGCUUGUAAUAUGGGUUGAUCCCUUGGAUGGAACCAAGGAGUACACUGAAGGUCUCCUUGACCAUGUAACGGUUCUUAUUGGAAUUGCUUAUGGAGGCAAAGCAAUAGCAGGCGUUAUUAACCAGCCAUAUUACAACUAUGAGGCAGGAGCUGAUGCUGUGUUGGGCAGGACGAUCUGGGGAGUCCUGGGCAUAGGUGCUUUUGGAUUUCAGCUCACAGAAGCACCUGCUGGGAAACACAUCAUUGUUACCACCCGUUCUCACAGCAGUACCCUGGUAAAUGACUGCAUCAGUGCCUUGAACCCAGACAGUGUCAUCAGAGUUGGAGGAGCAGGAAAUAAGAUCAUUCAACUUAUAGAAGGCAAGGCAUCUGCUUAUGUAUUUGCCAGUCCUGGGUGCAAGAAAUGGGAUACAUGUGCACCUGAAGCUAUUCUACAUGCUGUGGGAGGCAAGAUUACUGAUAUCCAUGGAAAUUCAUUUCAGUAUAACAAGGAAGUGAAACACAUGAAUUCAGCUGGGGUCCUUGCCACUUUGAGAAAUUAUGACUAUUAUGCCAGUCGUAUUCCUAACACCGUUAAACAAUCUCUUGUGGCUUAAAGCAGUGAAGUAUCUUCACUUGGCCCUGGAAGGCUAAGAAAGUGAGCUUGGAGAAAAAGAAAGAAAGAAGAUAACUGAGCUUGAAAUUUUGUUUUAUAAUAUCUGAACUGAAUUCUUACAUUAAGGUGUUCAAUAAUUUCAAAAUGACAUACAGAAUCUCUAGGUAUAUGUUGGAUCAAAUUGUUUUGCUGUGUUUAACAGACAACAUCAAAACAGUCACAUUUCUUCAAUAGUUGUUUUCCGUAUUCUUUGGGAGUAUUCAUUC